GAGCAAAUGGCCCCCUGGGCGCCCCGGCCCCAGCCGGUGGGCGGGGACGGAGGAAACCCGCCCCCUUCCGGCCCGCGUCCCCGCCCCCAGCCCUGAGGCGUCGGGCCGCGGGUACCGGCGCCUUCUUCUCCCGGUCCCCUGCGGCGGGCGCUAGCUCGGCUUCGACGCUCGGAGGGUUUGCGGCUAGGGGCGCAGAGGGGGCGGGGAGGACCCGCGACGCCCCGCCCCCUUCCGCGCUCCGGCCGCUAGGCCCGCCUCCGGGGGAACCUGGUCCCGAGGCGGCUCGGAGCGCAGGAGGCCGGCGCUGCCCGCAGGUGUCGGCAGCGGCGGAGCCACCGGCCCCAUGGUGGGUUUCGGGGCCAACCGGCGGGCCGGCCGCCUGCCCUCCUUCGUGCUGGUGGUGCUGCUGGUGGUCAUCGUCGUCCUUGCCUUCAACUACUGGAGCAUCUCCUCCCGCCACGUUCUGCUUCAGGAGGAGGUGGCCGAGCUGCAGGGCCAAGUCCAGCGCACCGAGGUGGCCCGUGGGCGCCUGGAGAAGCGCAAUUCGGACCUCUUGCUCUUGGUGGACACGCAUAAGAAGCAGAUCGACCAGAAGGAGGCCGACUACGGCCGCCUGAGCAGCCGGCUGCAGGCCAGGGAGGGCCUGGGGAAGAGAUGCGAGGAUGACAAGGUUAAGCUGCAGAACAACAUAUCGUAUCAGAUGGCAGACAUACAUCAUUUAAAGGAACAACUGGCUGAGCUUCGUCAGGAGUUUCUUCGACAAGAAGAUCAGCUUCAAGACUACAGAAAAAAUAACACAUACCUUGUGAAGAGGUUAGAAUAUGAGAGUUUUCAGUGUGGACAGCAGAUCAAGGAAUUAAGAGCACAACAUGAAGAAAAUAUUAAAAAAUUAGCAGAUCAGUUUUUGCAGGAACAAAAGGAGGCCCACAAGAGUCAAUCAAAUGAUGGAAAAGAAAUGGGUAUAAAUGAUCAUGUAGCACCUAAAAAUAAUCCAAAUGUGGCUGAAAAUGAUGCAAAUAAGAAUGAGGAGCCCUCAAGCAAUCAUAUUCCACAUGGGAAAGAACAAGUCAAACGGAUUGGUGAUGCAGGGAUGCCUGGAGUAGAAGAGAAUGAUCUAGCAAAAGCAGAUGAACUUCCUGCUGCUUUAAAGAAGCCCCCUGUGUUAGCUUCUCCACAUGAAAGUCAUCAAACAAUCUCCCAUCUUCCGACUGGACAGCCUCUCUCAGCUAACAUGGCUCCAGGUUCACAGCUAAACCAGAAUGAAAAUCCUGGUACUUCAAAACAGAACCCUUUGAAUCCUCUUCAGCGCUUAAUUCCAGGCUCAAACCUAGAGCGGGAACCCAGAAUUCAAACAGACUCACUAAAGCAGGCCACCAGGGACAGAGUCAGUGAUUUCCACAAGCUGAAGCAAAGCCGAUUCUUUGAUGAAAAUGAAUCCCCUGUUGAUCCGCAGCAUGGCUCUAAACUGGCGGAUUAUAAUGGGGAUGAUGGUAACGUAGGUGAGUAUGAGGCAGACAAGCAGGCUGAGCUGGCUUACAAUGAGGAAGAAGAUGGUGAUGGUGGAGAGGAAGACGUCCAAGAUGAUGAAGAACGGGAGCUCCAGAUGGAUCCUGCAGACUAUGGCAAACAGCGCUUCAAUGAUGUCCUUUAAGUCUAAGGGAUGCCCAAAACCCAAAAUGCUGUGCAGUGAAUCAUCUCUACUUGUCAAUUUUCACUUCUGUUGUAAAGAUCAGUUGUAAAGAUACAUUGAGAUAGAUUUAAGGAAAUUUUAAUGAAGGAAUGUACCAGUGUACAUAUGUGAAUUUUUUCAUAUUGUAUUAUCAAAGCAGGUACUUUUUUGGUUACAACACAGCUGAGCCAAAAACAGUUAAUCUUUGCAUUUAAAGCAAACUAAUGUAAAUUUCACAUUUUAUUGAACCUAAUUUUUUUUUUCACAAAAAGACAAACGGGAACAGAUGUUUGUACAGGUUAUAUGCUGCACAUAGUGUAAUGGCAGUUGGAAGUUAGUUAUUCAGCUGAAAACUCUAGACACUAACACAUUUUUGUUACCUCCCCCCCCCAUAGGUGUCCUCCUCUGCCCCUCAUUUCACACUCUUUAAAGAGUCACGCUAGAACAGUUACACACAAAAGUGGGGACCUGGAUGCCAAGCAGUGGGCAAUGUGUGUACAGAAUGACCUUCCUGCUCCUUUUAUUUUACUUGAGGAAAGUCCAAGUCAUCGUAACAAUAUUUAUAAGUUAUUCCUUACUUAGUUCUUGAAGUUGCGGAAUGCAUGGUUGACAAUGAAUUUUUAUUUUUUCAAGUAAUACCAGUACUGUUUAACUGUAGUCAGCACUGGCUAAAAUUCUUUAUAUUUUCAGAGUUGAAUCUGGUGAAUGCAUUCAAUGCAUUCACCGUUUACAUGACAGAUCCUGAAAGUGACUAAAUCCACCUUGAAAUGAGUCUGCGAUCAAUA